AUGCCUACUCCCUCCACAGCCGGCUCUCCAUUACUCAUACCGCAUCCAGAACGAUCUGCCAUUCAUCGUUUCACCACCCAACAACGCCCCUCAUCCCCUCGUGCUUCGCCCUACCCCUCGCCAUCGCCCUCACCCCCAGGCGUCUCACGACCGGGUAUGAGCCGACGCCCUGGCCCACCUCGCCGCACACACUCAUUCUGCGCUACAGAGCAGCAAACAUUUGCCCUGGCUUCAGCCUCAACUUCUAGUCAUCUUUCGCCUGACAAGGCUUGCAUCGUUGCGCCCCCGCUCGAGAGGACAUUGAGCUCUAUCGGGUCAAAGGGUAAUAUGUCGUCUCCCGAGCAGCGCAUGGCGAGGCCGUUACCUGAUCUAGCGGAGAUUCAUGAGGAAGACGAUAUGACGACGCCAAAGAAGGCUCGUUUUGAUUCUUCCGAUAGGCGUAUCUUAACCGAGAUGAACAGUAACCUUCAAUUGAAUACCCCGGGCCACUCUCCCGUUACGAUCGUCUCCCCAUCCCCAGUCAAAGUUCCCACAAUCCUCGUCCACCCCUCUCUCUCCCCUCCUCGCCCAUCUCUCGCUCCUCUUCGGACAUCCUCCGCCUCCUCCUCGGCUUCCGCUUCUUCUACCUCAUCCCGCUCCUCAUCAUACACCAUCGUCACACCAGCUUCUCCCCGCGGUAUGCUGUUCAACGUCCCUGUCAGAGAAAGGGACUUGGAUGAAGAGAUGGAAGAUGUUGACGGAGUGUUGGGGUACAUGGAUGUUGUGGCAGCAGCAGCAGGGAAGAAGAAGAGGCCUGUGAGCUGUGAGGCGGCGGUGGAGAGGGUUGUGAAUGGGGUGGACAGGCUUGCGCUCUCCUGUUGA